AUCGUCGCAAUUUGUUUCAUGACGCCCAUUUUGUCCACCGAACAAUCGUUAAGACCCGAACGCGUUUCGCGAGAAUUCCGCGCCGUUCAUUCCGAAAAGCACACGCACCGGUUCCCUUUUCUCUCAACCCCCCGAGUUCAUUUGGCAGUGCUGCGCACAACACGGUGUUUAUACACUAUCUAGGCCUGCGAGCGAACGCCGCCGACAUGAACGUUGACCACGGUACACGAGGACUCGUCGUCCUGUUAGUCCUCGCGUGUGCAGUGGUACACACGAGCUGUGAAAACGUUGCAUUUGAUGUACCCAAUAGUACUGGAUACAAAGCGAAUAGUGCCAUCAAUGCUAGAAAUGGCCAGCAAUCCGAUAGUGAGCUUGAAAAAAUGUUACUAAACGUCGCCUCUAUAAUACAAAAAUGUAUAGAUAAUAGAACUAUGAAUAAUAAAAAAUUCAAAAAGAAUCUUGACAAGUUAUACGACAGGAUGGUAAAACCCAAUAUAAAAAGAGUGAUAAAAGAAAAUAUGUUGAGAUAUAAUAAUAUAAAAGAUCUUUAUGAAGAAAAACAACUAAUGUUGAUAAUAAUGAAUGGUGAUAAGACAGACAAAAAAAUUCAAUAAAAUUAUAUAAGAAGUAUGAAC